AUUGUAAAAAUCCGGAUCGCUAGUCGUAUCGACAGAGAAAAGUCGAAGUCGGCGUCGUCGAACGAACAAAAAUGCUGACUUCCCGUGCCCUUCUGGUCGGCCGGUUGCUGCAGCGUACAGUGGCCGGGCAUAGCAAAAUCAACUCGAACGCCGUCCGAGCUCAGUUCGUCCGCCAUGGACACGACUGGUCGUAUCGCGUGAAUGGACCAAAGCCCGAGUUGGCCUCGAGACUCGGUGCCCAGAUUGCUGGCGGUUUCAUGUGGUGGUGGGUCCUAUGGCACCUGUUCCACGAGUACGAGCAUAUUACGGGCGAAUUUGACUAUCCCGACCCGUCCAGUUGGACCAACGCCGAGCUAGGAAUCCCGACAGAAGAUGAGUAAGCCAACUGCCAGCAAACAGAACGUGCUAAAUCUGCGCUUUAUAACAUCCCAUGGAUUUGUUGUGGAAAAAAUCGGUUGUAAAUAAACAGUGGCAACUGUAGGUAA